ACUAGCCAAAAGAUGGAAAGGUGAAUCCUUUACAAAGCGUCUAGUUGGCUGCUUACGCUGAAGAUUGCGGAAGUUUUCGAAUUAAUAAAAGAGACAUAUGACAUUGAUGGGCUCUGUUCUUCGCUGGGUGCGGCAAGCUGGACAGCUGUGUGUGUUAUAUAGUUUUGUUGAACAGCACACUGUAAAGUAAUUCAUAACGACCAUGCUGGCUGUUUCCGAUGCCCCGCAACAAACCGAAAAAAAGACUGAACAGCCGAAAGCCUCAGUUGCAGUUCAUUGAGCCACCGCUAGAUGGAGCCAGGCACCACCAUGGGUCACAAGUACAGAGUGCUGCUAACCCCAGACUCUUCUUAUCAAAAAACCAGCGUCAAAGUAGCACGCGCAACUCUUCCUGGGUAAUGCCUCAGUUUGAUACCAACAUGCAGCUGCAGAACUUUGGACCUCAAAGGGGAAGGCGAUGGAAGGGUCACAAAGCAGACAGCAGUAUUCUGAACAGAAGUUCCACUCUGUCUUUACCUCAGCCCAAGAAAACAAGUGUCUGCAAGUUUCCUCCACUUACCUUUGAUACUAGCAUUUCUUCUCCACCUGAAGGUCCUGCUGUUACAUAUGGGCUUAAGGUCCUUAACCCCCACAUGGAUGAACUUGAGACCAGUCAUGUGGCAGGUCUUGCCAGUAAUGCAGCACCUCCCAGUAUCGAGAGCAGCAGUAUGAUGGAAACACCAAAGCAGGUUACAUCUCUUAAGAGACGUACUAUAAAAGAUACAGCCUGCAGAGUAAUCGCACCUGGGGUCGCAGCCUCCACCAGGGACACUGAAGCACAGCUGGCUGACAACUAUGGACAUACCAGUGGCCCAGUAUAUAUGAUUACACCAGAUAACAUGAAAAGCAAUCAAAGGGACAGUGUUUUCACUCCCCCUGACUUAGAUACUCCAGAAACACAAGAAAGUAAGAACUGCAAACUUUCCUCCAAACUCCCUUUUCUGCUGCCAGACUUAACAGAAACGGUAUCUUAUAACCAGCCUUCAGAAAUUUUAGUGAUGGACACCCCAGAACAGGACUAUGGAGUGAAGGUUACUUGGAGGAAGAGGAAACGACUGAUGAGGUUUCUCAUGGAACAAGGGCAACUGUCUAGUACAGAGGUAGCCAUCAAUAAGUAAUAAUGGACCUGUAGUCAUAGCAUAUUGUCAGUGAAUAUGUAUUUUUCUCUCAUUGGUCAACAGACUGCAAAACUGGUUUAUUAACAAGUAUCAGCCUGUAAUAAAAUGUCAUGUAUCCAGACCACUAAAUAAAAGGAUGGUUGUUCUGGAUCUUUUUUUAAAACGU